AUGCACCUCGCCGUGAUCUCUCUCCUCGCAAUGGCCACGGUUGCGACUGCGGACUGGUGGUAUUUCGAUGCCUGGGAUGGAUUGAGCUGCGGAGAUGCCCCUCAGAAUGGCCAGGUCUUCCUAUCCAUAGAGGGAACCGGAGAGCAUGUGUGCAUCAGCUUUGAAGAAGGCCAAAGGGCUUACUCGUAUGCGGCUGGCUAUCUCAGUGAGGGCACCGAGGCUUGGGGGGUUUCUUCACGAACACUGCGAAGGACCGAGCAAGAUGCUUCACAACAACUCCUGCACAAAUCCGGAUGUCGAAAUUCCCUAUAUCCGCUCAUGGAAAAUCAUCCAAUUCCUAAGCUAAGCUGA